AUGUGUAAAAUAGUAGGAGGUGGAUCCCCUUUACCUCCUAAGAAAGAAGAUCCCUUUCUUCAGCGGAUCUUAUGCCUAAUAUCCACCAGUGCUGUUGGGUUAUUUAACCCUUAUGAUAGUGAUUCUAUUAUUCCUGCAGUGCAAGAUGAAACUGCAAUACCUUCUUUAGAGACCGAGGAUUUUCCAGAACCACUCGCAGCACAAUAUAAAGAUAUCUUACUGCCUCCAACUGUGGUGAUUGUAGACGACCAGAUAAGUGAAACAACAGUACAACAUAAUAAUAAAGAUUUUGUGACAAAGCCAAGACUGGCCUUGGUUAUAAAACACUUGUGUUUUGGAGGAUUACUACUUCCGGUCGUUUGGAGUCAAGAAGAAGAGAUAGUGAGUUUAGAAAUGAGCGGAGAACCCAAGACUUUUCAUUUAGAGGAAAGCGGAUUCGUAGCGGACAGUCCAGCCCCAGAGGAGCUGUCAACAUCGGCUACAAUAACUACGUUAGCAAACCCGACACCGUCAACUUCAACAGCAGCGCAUCCAACAGUUUCACGCCCACGUCACGUAAGACAACAAGGUAUAGAAAGAUAUGGCGCCCCUAAAAAAAUAUCUGGUGACUUGAAAAGAAAGAUCGACAAUGAUGUACUAGAUUUAUUCAUAGAUAGUUAUCACCCCUUUACAUUAGUAGAGGAACGAGCUUUUAAAAAACUUAUGCGCUGGAUUCCUGGGUAUCAACUCCCGACUAGAAAAACUAUUUCUAACGUCAUGAUUCCUGCCUUGUACAAUAAAACCGAAGAAACUUUAAAAACAACGACAUUGGGCAGCAUUGAACAUUUGUGUCUUACAGCUGACUUAUGGACAUCAAGAGCCAAUGAAUCGUAUUUGGCUGUUACCUGUCAUUUUAUCACGGAGGAGUUCGAGCUAAAGACCAUCUUGCUGGACUGUUCUAAUUUCGAGGAUUCUCAUACGAGUGAAAACAUUCAGAGUGUGUUAACUGAUCUAAUAAGUAAAUAUGAAUUAACAUUAAACAAAAUUAAUUUUAUAGUAACUGAUAAUGCGGCCAAUAUUCAAAGAGCGGUUACUAACAUCGGUUGGAAGCAUUAUGGAUGCUAUGCACACACGCUAAACUUAAUUUUACAGAAUGCCAUUACAAGAGAGCAGACCCUACAGUCCGUAUUAGACAAAGUAAAAAAAAUUGUGCGCUUUUUCAAAAAAAACAGCACCGCCUUAGAGAAAUUAUUAAAAGCACAAACUAAUGACCAGCCAAACUGCGUACCAAAACGCUUGAUUCAAGAAGUUCCGACGCGCUGGAACUCCAGCUUUCACAUGAUACGGCGUUUCGUGGAACUGGAACAUUGCAUUAGGUCUACAGUUGCAGUCAUCAGAAAGGACCUUCCCAUUAUUACCAACGAAGAGUGGUUGCUACUUGCCGAAGUCACAAAAAUAUUGAAACCGUUCGAUGAUGCGACAGAAUCGAUGAGCGGCGAAAAGUAUAUGACUGGUAGUUCAGUCAUAGUCAUGACACGGUGUCUAAUAACAUCAUGUGACAAACUCCUGGACGAAGAAUUCUGUGAUGUAUCUAAAGAGCUAAUUUACACUUUAAGGACAGGACUAAUAAUCAGAUUCUCCAAUCUUGAAAGAAGUGGAACAUUUUCGGUAUGUACAUUUUUAGAUCCUCGAUACAAACUGGCUGUCUUUUCUGACGAAAAUGAAAUUAGAAAUACUAAAAAACGAGUUCAGGACUUACUAAGUGGAAUUAUAGCGCAGGAGAGAGCGCAAGAACAGGCACCCGUCUCGGCAUCUGAGGACCACAACAAUGCUGACAAGUUUUCCCCAUGGACAAUUUUAGACGCUCAUGGUGACGAUGGAAACAACGCGGAAACUCAACAGACGGAAAAAAACAUGGAUGAUCGGAGUCAACACCCUCUCGAACACGAAACAAUUGAAAAAACGGGCUCGAAACGUAAAUCAAACGUAAACGCAAAAUCCGAUGAUGACCAUUCCAAAGUAUUGAAACGUGCGUUAGAAAUAAUGCAGAAGGAGCCAGACGAGAAUGACCGUUUCGGAGAAUACGUGAUCAUGGAGCUCAAGAGUUUGCGGUUUGAUUCUAAUAGGAGAAGACUAAAAUCUGAAAUUAGAAGAGCGAUAGCUCGUAUUGCCGACGAAGACGAUACCAAUGACUCUACUUCCGUAUCUAUAGUACCCUCGCCAUAUCCAUCACCACAGCUGUAUCAUGCGCCAUGUCCAUCGCCGUAUUCAGUGCCAUCACCAUCUCCAUCGCCAUCAUCAAUAACACACCCACAGUUAGCCGGCAUUUUCACACAGGAUAUGAUACACCAAUACAAUCAAACAUCUACAUCAAAUAUGACUUUUGAUAAGCAAACUGACUUCCUACAGCUGUAA